CAACCUUCAAAUCAAAGAAAGAUAAUCGACCGCAUGGACCAAGCUAAAACGCUGGCCAAAGCUCUUCUCAAGAACUCAAACAACCCAACAUUAGCAUGGCAACUGUUCAAACGCAGUGUCCCAACUCCCAGUUCCUCCGAUCACUUCCGUCAGUCGAUACCUCUCAUUACCCGUAUGCUCCUCCGCGCCAAAAUGUUCACCGAAAUCGACACCCUCCACCGGAUCCUCCUCUCACAACCCUUCGAAACUUACCACCAAUCCCUGCUCACCGUCGUCCACAUCCUAGCGAAAUCUGGUCACUUAGAUAAGGCCGUUUCUCAAUUCCAGUCCUUUCGAACCCAAUACCCCGAUAAACCUCCUUCUAUAGGCUUGUACAAUUCGCUUAUCGAGUCCUCUCUUCGAGGAAACUCCGCAGUUUAUAUUUCUUGGUUGUAUGAAGAUUUGAUUUUUGCCGGCGUUGCUCCAGAAACUUACACCUUCAAUCUUUUGAUUGGUGUGCUGUGCGAGUUGGGUCGUGUGGAAGAUGCUCGUAACUUGUUUGAUAAAAUGUCUGACAAAGGCUGCCAGCCUAAUGAGUUCAGUUUUGGGAUAUUGGUUCGCGGAUUUUGCAAAGUUGGGCGUGCUUUUCAAGGUUUGGAGCUUUUGGAUACUAUGAAGGAUAUCGGUAUUGUUCCUAAUACAGUUAUUUACAAUACUUUGAUAUCGAGUUUUUGCAAGCUAGGUAAGACUGAUGAAGCUGAGAAAUUGGUGGAGAGGAUGAGAGAGGAUGGUCUCUUCCCAGAUGUCGUUACUUUCAAUUCUAGGAUUUCUGCUCUUUGUGGUGCAGGAAAGAUUCUUGAGGCUUCUAGAAUUUUUAGAGAUAUGCAGAUAGAUGAGGAGUUGGGGUUGCCUCGGCCGAAUGUUAAAACAUACAAUUUGAUGUUGGAGGGGUUCUGCAAGGAAGGGAUGUUGGAAGAAGCUAAUACACUGAUUGAAUCUAUGAGAAGGCACGCUGAUAUUGCAGAAGUGGAGACUUAUAAUUUAUGGUUAUUGGGUUGGAUAAGGAAUGGGAAGCUGUUAGAGGCUCAAUUGGUUCUUAAAGAGAUGGUAGAUAAUGGCAUAGAGCCGAAUAUAUACUCCUAUAACAUUGUGGUCGAUGGGUUAUGCAAGAAUGGGAUGCUUGCUGAUGCAAGAAUGGUGAUGGGUUUAAUGAUAAGUAGUGGAAUUUCUCCUGAUGUGGUCACUCACAGCACUCUACUUGACGGGUACUGCAGAAAAAGGAAGGUACUUGAAGCCAAAAAUCUUCUACCUGAGAUGAUGAGGAAUGGUUGUCUCCCAAAUACAUAUACUUGCAAUAUUUUGCUGCACAGCUUGUGGAAAGAGGGAAAGAUAUCAGAAGCAUACAAAUUACUGGAACAGAUGAAUGAGAGAGGUUAUGGCAUAGAUACUGUGACCUGUAAUAUUGUGAUUGAUGGUCUAUGUAGAAGUGGGAAGGUUGACAAAGCUGUUGAAAUUGUGGGUGAAAUGUGGACUCACGGAAAUGCUGCUCUUGGGGACUUUGGCAAGUCAUUUAUUGAGCUAAUGGAUGCGGGUAAUACUGGGAAAAAAUGCUUUCCUGACUUGAUCACAUAUUCAACCAUAAUCAAAUGGUUAUGCAAGGAUGGGAGGCUUGGUGAAGCUAAAAAGAAGUUUGUUGAGAUGAUGGGGAAAAACUUGAAUCCUGAUCCAGUUGUUUAUGAUACUUUUAUACAUUAUUUCUGCAAACAGGGAAAGAUAUCAUCUGCAUUCCGGGUUCUCAAGGACAUGGAGAAAAAGGGUUUCAGUAAGAACUUACAAACUUAUAAUUCUUUGAUCCUUGGGUUGGGGAGCAAAAAUCAGGUAUUCGAAAUGUAUGGUUUGAUGGAUGAGAUGAGAGAAAGAGGCAUUUCUCCUAAUGUUUGUACGUAUAAUAAUAUGAUUAGCUGUCUAUGUGAAGGAGGGAGAACUGAUAAUGCCACUUCUCUUUUGGAUGAAAUGCUACAAAAAGGGAUAUCCCCUAAUAUUUAUUCCUUUAAAUUAUUGAUCAAAGCCUUUUGCAAGACAGGCGAGUUCAGACCUGCGCAGGAGGUAUUUGAUAUUGCCCUGAGUAUGUGUGGCCACAAGGAAGCACUUUAUAGUUCAAUGUUUAAUGAGUUACUUGAGGGAGGGGAACUCUCAGAAGCUAAAGAAUUAUUUGAAGCUGCAUUGGAUAGAUGUUUUGACGUAGGGAACUUCCUAUACAAAGACCUCAUUGACAGUCUCUGUAAGGAUGAGAAUUUAGAAGGUGCUGUAGAUAUUCUCAAGAAGAUGAUGCAUAAAGGAUAUGGGUUUGAUCCUGCAUCAUUUAUGCCAGUGAUUGAUGGCUUUGGUAGAAGGGGAAAUAAGCAUGAGGCUAAUGAACUUGCGGAGAGGAUGCUUGAGAUGGCUUCGGAGAGUAAGGUGGCAAACAAGGUUUGCCGAAAUGAUAGGAAUCGCAGGAAAUCAAAUAAGCAUGGUGGAAGUGAUUGGCAGACCAUAGUGCACAGAGAUGAUGGCAGUGGAAUAGUGUUGAAAACCUUGAAGCAAGUAGAGAAAGGCUGGGGUCAAGGAAGUAUAUUAAGUCUGCAACCCCAGAAAAAUAACUUUCGUGAUAACAGGGACCGUACAGGUUGAAUUUUCUUUAUUCCUUGAGAUCAUUUCCUAAGAUUUGCUAUAAGAUUGGGGAGGUGGCUAAAUGCUCUAAAGUUGAAGUUUUGAGAUGGGACUUUUGUCAGAUAAGACAAGUGCAAAGCGCUGUCCCGCUGACACAACGUUGUCUCAGCAUGCGCCUCACUAGCCCACAGUGGUAUGUUAUAAAAAGAGGAGGAAGUGUGAGACUGCUGCACAUGCUUAUGAGUUAUGAGAGAAACAAAGGAUGUGCAAAUUUUGGGUUCUGUUGCAUUCAAACUCAACCUGAAGUACAUGUUGACAAACACUGAGAGCCUUGGGUGCAUACGCCUUUGUUCUUUCACCUAUGCAGGCACUUGGAAAGGGAAAGCCAUUAGAAUGUUUAUAAGUUGUGCAGUCUUAGUCCUGCGAUUAUUACCUCGCUCCCACUAAAUCCAAAUCGUGUAUUUUGCAGAUGAAUCGCAUGAAUGUAGAAAUUAUGCGGAGUCCCGGGGUUUGAUUAUUGCUGUGAUGGCCUGCUAAGUGCUACCAUCAUUGAAACCUCUCUCCUUCCAGUUCAUGCCAAGGUUGCAACUGUCAUCAAUGGAAAUUCUUGGGCAUGGCCUAUUUCUGUGGCAGAUGAAAUUAUGCAAAUACAGAAUUCUCUCCCCCUUACCUCCCUAACCUCAGCAAACAGAUAAG